AGAUUUCGUCUUACGAAGUCCAAUCUCUCUCUCUCUCAGGAAAAAAAUAGAAAAGAACAAGAUUUUGCCAUAUAGCUCUCACGCUAUGAUUCAAUCCCAGCAUCUAUAUUUCCUGCUAAUCUUAGGGUUGCUAUCGUGUACAUCGGAGUCGAUUCGGUUUGACCUGCAAUCGGGUCACACCAAGUGCAUCUCCGAAGAUAUAAAGAGCAAUUCAAUGACGGUGGGAAAGUACAGCGUCGUCAACCCCAACGAGGGCCAUCCCAUGCCCGAUGGCCAUAAACUCACCGUUAGGGUAACUUCUUCUUAUGGGAAUAGUUAUCAUUACUCGGAGAUUGUGGAAUCGGGGCAGUUCGCGUUUGUGGCUGCGGAGGCCGGAGACUACAUGGCGUGUUUCUGGGCAGCCGAUCACAAGCCCCAGAUCACGUUGACUGUGGAUUUCGAUUGGAAGACUGGUGUAGCCGCCAAGGAUUGGUCUAAUGUUGCUAAGAAAGGCCAAGUCGAUGCCAUGGAACUAGAACUUAAGAAGCUGUAUGAUACUGCUAUUUAUAUUCAGGAGGAAAUUUAUCAUCUCCGGGAGAGAGAAGAAGAAAUGCAGGAGCUCAAUAAAACUACCAACUCCAGGAUGGCCUGGUUGAGUUUUCUUUCGCUCUUUGUUUGCUUAUCAGUGGCAGGCUUGCAGCUAUGGCACUUGAAAACCUUUUUUGAGAAAAAGAAGCUCAUUUAGUCUUAUUCUGGGCAGGUUCUACAAUUUUUCUCAUCUGUUUCGAUUUACAACAUAGAAUCAAUGUACCUUUCGAGUAGAUUACUACAGUUGAAAAUUGCUUACAGCCUGCAGAAUCUUGUCUGCGUGUGUAGCUACCUUACAUGAAUCUAGGAGCAGCGUACCUUAAUCAUCA